UUCUGUUUCUUUUACAUCGUCCGCCGUUCGCCGCAUCCGCACAGCAACCCGCCGCCGCCGCCGCCCCCGCCGCUUUGCGUUUGGCAACAGGAAAGAGCGUUUACGCCCGUAGACAAGGGCUUACGACAGCCAGAAGGAACAGGAGGAAGUAGGAAUAAGCUUGUCCAUCUAAGCCACCGCCGCGUCAUUUGGGCAAGCGUUCUUCCCACGCUAUAGGGGUUUUGACUUUCCUCAUCGUCGUCGGUCCUUUGUCCCCGUUUCCCCCUUGGUAGGGGGAACACCUCGCGAUAGAGACGGGCAUACUUGCAGAAAUACCUCGAGCAAAAAACACUCAUUGCAAAAGCACACAUUGCCAAUGUCCGUGUACGGUCCGCUCCUCUCCCCAACCGGGACAGGGAGCAAUAUGCUGCCGUCCAACAUGCUACUUCCCUCGCCGUCAUCAAACUUGUUUGAACGGAGUAUGAAUGCUCUUGUGUCAAAUUUCAAGGGCAGUGUUGGAGAUUAUGGCGAUUUUGAGUCGUAUGUGGGAACUACUGAUGAUGACCUUUUGGGAUUGAUGAAUCCUAUGGGGAAUGCGAAUACCCGACAAGGCGGCUUGGGAAUGGGGAAUAGCACAGGCGGUCUUCCGCCAUUGUCCCCCACAACCGAGUCUCUCUUUACCCUCGAUCAGAACGCUUCCCUCCUCACCCCUGGCGGAACACUCCGCAAUGACCUUCUCUACUCACAAUCAGAGUUUGGAAACAGCUAUCAACAGCAAGACUCAUCCUACGGAGAUCCGUCACUCAUCUCCGAGGAUGCCACCCAGUUCAAGAAUCCCGCAUUCGAUUAUAUUGUCGGUUCUUUUCUAGACACAAUCGAGUCCAUGACUCCGUCAAGUUCGUUCAAUCUGAAUGGAUUUGCCGACAUCAAGCCAUCAGAAAACAUCGCGGCCGAUGGCAAGCCAAUUGAUUAUCAUGACGAUAUGUUAAUGUUGAAUUUCGACGACGUAGCAUCAAAUCUUGCAAUCAAGAAUGAAGCUGGGUUGGCACAAGUUGUUGAAAAUGGGUAUCCGGGCCACGUGCAAGCCGGCUUACAGACUGACGUGAUGGAUGGAAAUAUUGGGGUGGGGCCGUUGGUACAACAAGUUGGGCAGCACAAUUCAUAUGCAGAGAACAUACCGGGAGGAAAGAUGCACGAACCACCGCAGCAGCAAUUCCACCCCUCGGGCAAACUGAACGCUAGCGGACACUCUACUGCAUCGCCUAGAGUAAAACCUAGCCCAUCAACGCUGCGCUCUUCCCCACACCGCCCGGCUCCGGGUUUCUCAUCACAUCUUUCUCCAUCACGACAACCACCAGCUGCACGAUCUCAAUCGCCCUCACUUUCCGGUCGACCACCAGCCAACGCCCAUUCAUCUCCGUCUCGCGAAGCAUCCCUACGGAAUUUCACGCACCCAUCACCUUACCAGCACCUUCCAACGCCAAGUGGCAGUCCUCAUUAUGUUCUUCCGAACGGACUGUCCCAUCAUCAGAUGCCGUCUAUGGUCCAUCAACAGCAGCCUAUGCCAACCAUAAGACACGCAUCACCAGCACCGUAUCCACAUCAUCAACGGAGCCCAUCUCACCACCCUGGAUCACCACAGCCGUAUCCGCAACACAGUUCGCUUUCGUCCUCGCACACCAACGCAAAUCUUCAGCAGUCAUCAGCCCAAAAACAUGAUCCACAGCAACCAAUGCUCGCGAACCCACCCAUCCUCCGUUCCCAUGGCCCACCGCCCAUGAUGCAGAUGGGCAUGCCCGUCAUGCAAAUGGGAAUGCCGAUGCAAAUGGGCAUGGCAGUUCCCAUGGUUCCGAGCAUGGCAGUGUCUAUGGUCCCCGGUAUGCAAAUGGCGGGCAUGAACAUGGUCCCCAAUCAAAUGGUGGGAUACAAUGCGUAUCCUGGCAUGCCUCAAAUGUUCACUUGCACUGUCCCCGGGUGCGGCAAGGUCUUUAACAAGUACAUUGCCCUAACUCAACACUUGGCCACCAUUCACGGCGGUCACCCUGGCACCGCAAACCCGACAAAGGCCAAACCUUUCCGCUGCGAAAUGUGUCCUCAAACCUUUAGCCGCUCUCACGACCUUAAACGACACUAUUAUAUCCACACACAAGAAAAGCCAUAUCGAUGUAAACGAUGCGGUAAGGGCUUUAGUCGACGGGAUGCCCUUCGACGACACGAGCGCAGUGUUGCAGAGGGCAAAAAGGUGCACUGCGCUACUGGUGGUGACGAUGAUGAUGACGAAGAGGAGGAAGAGGGAUGGGAUGGAGAACACAAGAAUGCAGCAGUACCGUCCGAGGUGAAGGCAGAGAAGCAUUUGACGGAUACUGGUAAUUCGGCACCUGUGGGUGUUGGCGCGCAUUGAAUCCGCCGUCUGUCAUUUUGCAAAAGAGAUUAAUUUUUGUUGAAAUGGGCUGGAUAUACCACGUAUUGCUAGAUAAUCUUUUUUUUAUGACCGAUAAGAGAUUCGCAUCUCACUUACA